CCCCCCGAGUCCGACCGCAGCCGCUCGCCACGAUUCAUGGAAACCACUUCUCUUGUUUCUGUGGAAUCCGGCUCUUUCACAACCAAUUUUGCGGAUCUAAAAAAAAUACCAUUUAGUUAUGAAAACUACUGUUGCUCUUUUGAUUUAGUGUCUCUGCAUCGCCACAUGUUACUUUAACCACUCCUACAUUUAUCUAUGUUUGUUUGUGCUGUUAACUUACAGAUCUGAGCCGACACAGUAACACUUGUUGCAGGAGGAGAAUGUUUUCACUUUGUUUGUUGUUGAGCAGGAUUCAGCACAAACCUCUGGAAAGAUCAACAUGGAAACAGGAGGCGUCAGGAAACCAGACUUUACAUUUUCACGAGGAUCCAGAAAAUCAGUUUCACUUCCUCUGCAGCGUUUCCUGCAGAAUCCGGUCUGUGGCUGGAGCUGGGCCGGACGUCGCUCUCAAGCACAAACCGAUUGGGAGUGACAGGUACACAGACUCCAGAACAGAACUGCACUGAAAACACUCAGAGGAGGCAGAGACUCUGGAGUCUGACUGACUGCGUGGACGGUAAAAAUGUUGUGGACGGACGGAGCAAAACACAGAGUUAUAGAUCUAUGUAAAUAAUCUUUUGGAUCAUUAUGAAACUGUGGCAGGACACAUUAGAAUAAUGCAGCUGCCUCAAUCGAGACAGUUCAUGUUAAGAUUAAAUCAAACACAGAAAUAUAGAUAGCUUUAUCAAAUAAGUCAUCAGACCAGUGCUUCCAUUACUUUCUCUCUUGCUGGUGUUCCAGUGAAACGAGCCGUGAUAACACGUAAUCAGUUCCGAGAAGUGAAAACCAUGAAAGUUGUAUCAUCAAACUUUUGGGAAAUAAUUUACUGGGAUAACCAAGAGAUAAAUACAGGUCAAAUUUCUUAUCCAAGAGGCUUCUUCAGCUGAUGCUGGGAGUCACUGGGAGUCACUGGUUGUCAUUCACCCAGUGAGUCAUGUGUCCUGAGGUGUGAAUUGUAGUAAACUUCCUGGGGAUAGGAGGUCUUUAACCUCCUCCUCCAGUCAGAGAUGGUUUCUCUAGUUUGAAGUAGCCAUGGCCUCCUGACCUGAACACUGGGGGAAACUGGUACAGCCCAGUAAAACCAGUUCCCCAGGUCAGGACUCAGCAGUCAGGAGACAAUGAUGUCCACAUGUUGAGCAGGGACAACAGGUGGUUUGAAAGAAGAGUCCCUCAGGACACAUGGCUCACAGGGGGAGAGUGUUUUCAAUGACUCCUAACGACCCUGCUUGGAAAGUUCCACCAGAAAUCCCAAGUAUAAAAUGUGCCAGACAACAUGUCCCUUUGUUGAGUCGUGGGACAGACGUGGGGACGAAUGAGAACUAAAGAAGGUUGGUUUACAGGCUUACAGGCUCUGUAACGAGUGAAUGAGAAGAAACUCUGUAAACAUUUUCAAAUAUCAAGCGUUAUCCCUUAAAAAUUAAGUUUAUAUGAAAAGGUUGUAAUCCUCAUAAAGCCGUGUGACUUUAUCUGAGUUCACUUUGGGUUUUCCCAACAAAAUCAUUUGUCCGUCCUCAGCAAACCUGUCCACCUAACACUUAAACCCCACUGUGGUUCCCGGGUUGUCUUUUAAAGUCACAUGAGAACCUGAACAAAUUGGCUCAAACACACACCAGCACAUCUCAAACCACACAGCCAUCGCAAUCGAUUGUUGCAGUCUGGUGAAUGAGUAUAUGUAGUGAGCUCUGCAGCUGAUCACACAGUCCUCAGACACGGUGGUUCACAGACGCGUCGGCAGCAUGAACACGCUCCUCAUCGGCCAGGUCAUCGGCAUCAUCCCCAUCUCUGCCCUCCUGCUCUUCCUCCUGGCCAAGCUGGUUUCUCGCCACCGCCUCGGCCCCAUGCAGGACGGCCGCGGCCACGCUGUGCUGAUCACGGGCUGCGACAGCGGCUUCGGACACACGCUGGCUCGGUGCCUCGACCACAAAGGGUUUGUGGUGUUCGCCGGGUGCUUGUAUCCGGAGGGAAUCGGGGCCCAGAAUCUGUCCAGGCAGACGUCCAGCCGUGUGACCAUCCUCAAGCUGGACGUCACCAAGGACGAAGACGUGAAGCAGGCCAAGAAGAUGGUCCAGGAGAACCUGCCGGAGAAGGGUCUGUGGGCCGUCGUGAACAACGCUGGGAUCACCGACUGGUCCGAGAUCGAGUGGAGCACGUUUCAAGAUUUCCACAACAUGGUGGACAUCAACCUGUUUGGCUGCAUCAGGACGUCCAUCGCAUUCCUGCCUCUGGUCCGAGCUGCUAAAGGUCGGAUGGUUUAUGUGUCGAGCAUCUUCUCCUUCUUCAACUGCCCCAACAUGGGAGCGUACAGCGUGUCCAAGAGGGGCCUGGAGGCCUUCGCCGACUGCUUGAGGGUCGAGAUGGCCAGUUUUGGUGUGAAGGUCAGCAUCAUCCAGCCGGGGAAUUUCGGCCAAGCCACCAACAUCAUCCGGAUGAAGUCGGGCCUGGACAUCUGGGAGAAGCUGGACGACGAGCGCAAGCAGACCUUCAACCGGCAGUACAUCGAGCUGGCCAGCGAGUACUUCAUCUCCACGUGCAAGGGGGGGUUCAAGGACACCAGGCUGGUCAUCAACGCCAUGAUGCACGCGGUCAUGUCCGGGCAGCCCAAGUACAGAUACCUGCUGGUCUCAGUGCUGGACCGGUUCUUCUUCCAGCUGCACCCGCUCCUGCCCACGGUCUUUACUGAUGCUGUGUUUUCUCUCAGCUCCAUGUACGGGAAAAGAAAAGAGAUGCUUUACGCCAAGUAGGACAAACACGGGUCGCUCGUGGGAGAUGCUUUGUUUGGGUCGUGAAUCCUUCUGUUGUGUGUAUUAUUAUUGUUAUUGUUGUUUGAGCGUUACAGAUGUUGCUGUAUAUUUUUAUUAUUUGUCUUGUUUGCGUUCUACUUUUCCCUACAUUUCCUAUACAAGAAAAAAAGAGAGUAUCUUUAUCACUGAGUUGAAAUGAGU